AUGGGGAAGGACAAGGAGUCGAUACCCCCGGCCAAGGGCAAGGACACAGCACCCCAGAAGCCGCCGCUCAAGGCACAGCCUGACCUUGCCCACCCGCUCCCUUCCCGUCCUGCCCACCGCGCUGCACAGGCUCAUCAGCAGUCUGCCGCAAGUUCCUCCCAGUCGAGCUCAGUCCCGUCCACACCCCAUCAGCGCGCGCGUGAUUUCUUCGAGGAAUCCCGCGAGCCCUCGCCCAAUGCCAUCCAGAGCCACUCGCCUCGCUCAGUAUACUCGGAGCCCCACGGCGGGGCUGCCACCCUCCCCACCCGCCAGCCUCAGUCACAACGGCCCUGCCCGUUUGAGACCGCCUCUGUCAAGUUCCGCAGACGUAUGCCCUAUAGCUUGGGGGCUGAGAAGCUGGAAAGGAUAGACGCGGCCAAGAUCAAGAGCAAGCUGUCGGAAGAUGAAGAGCGGAAGCUGUCCACAGACAUGCGCGAGAUUUAUGACAGGUUAUUGCCGUCCUCAGAGGUCGAGCAGAAUCGUGAGAGGCUGGUCAAGAAGCUGGAGAAGAUCUUCAACGAAGAAUGGCCAGGGCACGACAUCCAGGUGCACUUAUUUGGCUCCUCGGGCAACCUGCUCUGCUCGGACGACUCUGACGGUGGGAUGGAGAAGGUCGUGUGCAUAUCGAGGGCAAAGGUCCCUAUCGUCAAGAUAUGGGAUCCGGAACUCAAGCUGGCCUGUGACAUGAACGUCAACAACACACUGGCGCUGGAGAACACGCGCAUGGUUCGCACAUAUGUGGAGACGGAUGAGCGCGUCCGCCCGUUGGCGAUGGUCAUCAAGUACUGGACCAAGAGGCGUGUUGUCAAUGAUGCUGCCUUUGGGUUCACGCUUAGCUCCUAUACAUGGAUAUGUAUGAUCAUUGCGUUCCUUCAGCUUCGCGAACCACCUGUCCUGCCGGCUCUGCAUCAGUGCCCACACCUGAAGCUGCCUGCAGCGGGUGGCCACAAGAGCGACUUUGCAGACGACCUCAGUCAGCUGAAGGGGUUCGGCCGCGAGAACAAGAAGUCGAUAGGGGAGCUGCUCUUUGAGUUCUUCAGAUUCUAUGCGCACGAGUUUGAUUAUGAGACCAUGGCCUUGUCAGUGCGCCUCGGCAAGAUGAUCCCGAAGACACAGAAGAAGUGGAAUCAUGCCAUGAACAACAUGCUCUGCGUCGAGGAGCCGUUCAACAGAGAGCGCAACCUGGGCAACACGGCAGACGAUUUUUCGUUCCGGGGGCUCCACCUGGAGCUGCGCCGUGCGUUCGAUCUGGUUGCCAAGGGCAGACUGCACGAGUGCUGUGAGCAGUUCAUUUUUCCCAAGGAGGAGCCUUCAGAGAACAAAGGCUUUGUUAAGCCGGCGCCUCGCCCUGCCAUUAUCCGCAGUUCCUCGCAGCAGCAACCCGGCCGAGGCGGACGGAACGGAGGGGGCCGAGGCAACAGGAACCAUCUUCGCAACGGCAAUAGUAAUCGGAGGGCAUCGUCCAGCCAUGCCUACGAGAACUCCCAGGCCAGUGCCGCAGGCAUGGGGGCCGCCGCCCUACCUCACCCUCUGCUGAUCAACCCCGCGAUGCAGGCUGGAGACCUGCAGCAGUGGUCCCAACUUGCACAGCAGUAUGCCUCCUAUCCUGCUGCGGAUAUGGCAAUGCUCAGUAAUGCCUUCUUCGCACAAGAGCGGUGGCAGUGGUUCGCACACCAUCAGGCCCAGGCCCAGCUCCAUCAGCACGCCGUGCAGCAGCACGCACAACGCCUGCAGGCCAGCGCCGCGCUGCCGACGGAGAGAUCCCGCACUAGCUCUUUUGACCAGCCGCCGCCUCUGACGGCACCUAUUCGGCCCGAGUACUACGUCUGGCCUCCCCACCUGCAGCCGAACCUCUAUCCUCAGCAGCAACAGCAGCCGCAGCAUCAGCAGCACCAUGCCGGCUUCGGGACGUACCCGAACUCCCCAUCCGCCUCCACUGCGGCCCCCGAAUUUAGGAGAAGCCUGCACAGGUCGAAUGCGGCGAACGAAUCUGGAAGCUCGUCCAGCAGCGGCGCGCUGAGAUCUCAGUCCCAGCCUGCGUCUCGGACAUCUGCGCCCAUCGCCCAGGCUGCCCGAGGUGUGAGCGGUGCAAUGGGCAACGCGCCACAGGCCAAUCUCUCGCCUUUCCCUGCCUUCGCCCCAGACGACAAAACGGAUUCGGAGGCUGACGGAAGUUCGAGCAGGACUCUGCCAGACUCACCUCCCGAGGAGGACAGUGCUGGCUAUCUCGGCUACUUUGUGGCUGGCUCGAACAUCCCUUCUCAGAAGAUCUCGGCUAAUCUUAGCGUCCUCGGUGACAUGGGAUUGAGUCGUGCGAGUCGUCGCAGGUUAUCAACCGAAGGGCCUCAGUCUGUCCUCGACAGGCGCCUACAGAGGACAUCUCGGUCGCCUUCACCUCUCGGGCACGGUAGAACCAUAUCCGCUGGGGCGAAUUCGGCGCCGCUUGCCUCCGUCCCUUUCCCGCACGGCAUCAAUCGAUCUGCGAAAGAGGGUGCGCCGCUGGUCGCGAACGGUACCCACCCUGUGCAGGCUUCACAUCUGCCCUGGCCCCCAACAGCCGCUGACGAUGCCACCUAUGACAAUCCGCUCCACAUCAGCCAGACACAAUCGGCCAGCAGCCCCCUGACGACCGAGGCGACGACGGCUGCACGGCCGCAGGUGACGCCUGAUUUGAGGCCAGCAGGGCCUCCUGACCGUCCGCUAGUCGUGGAUGGAACCAUAACCCAGUCACCUGUCUCGCCUCCGACCACGGCAUCCAUCCCAUCGUUUGGACAGCGGCUGGCAGGCCCGCAUGGUAUCGGCAGCGGCUAUUAUGCAACAGUCCCCGGAGACGGAGCUCAAAACAAGACAAAGGCCGCAGACUUCAAGUGGCAGCGUGUCGUGUCGAGGAACCAGCCCGGAAUUGCGCCACGCGAUAUGGCACCCCUCGACCUGGCCAUGCCUGCCUCGGUGUAUUCCGAGUCGCAACACCUGUCGCCGGUCUAUGAGACACGGACUCCAUCGCCCACGGCGUAUCGCGAGAAGCUGCUGCCUAUACAGAGCGUGGGGUCUUUGGACCUUCCCUGGCAGGCUCCCCGCGUACUCGAACCUCCCCACAAGCCGUCUGAGCGGAACGGGACAGCCAAGGACAAUGAGCCUGGUCUCGCUCAGCUCCCACGAACCACCAGCCAAGCGGCACGAGAAAGCACCACUGCGUCCCGUACAACCAGGGGCGAACUGGAGAACGGGUCUAAUUGGCAGAAGGCAAAGACGCGGAAGAAGCAAUCAGACACGAGGGCUACCGGCAGAGCGUCUACGCACAGCGAGCAGCCGCCCAAGAACGAGUCGGAGAGAAAAGGCGGAUGA